AUGUCAGAUACCUCCUAUCACAACGAGAAGGAGGCAGCCACGCAAAAGGUCGUGGUUGUCGAGAAUGUCGCCUACGCAGACGCACUUCUCAAGGCCCCCGUCAAGCCAUGGUCGAAGCGUAUGAUCCAGAUGUAUGGACUGUGUCUUCUAGCAACACUCAAUGCAUGCAUCAACGGUUACGAUGGUUCCCUAAUGGGGUCUAUCAAUGCGAUGAAACCGUACCAGAAACAAUUUGGGAUGACUACAACGGGAGAGUCGACAGGUUUUGUGUUUGCAAUCUACACUGUUGGAAAUCUUUGCGGUAGUUUUGUUGCGGGUCCUCUUACUGACACCUGGGGUCGUCGGUGGGGAAUGUUCGCUGGAGCUUUGUUCAUUAUCAUUGGUACAUGUAUUCAGGCACCUUCACAGUCUAUGCCACAGUUCAAGGGAGGGCGUUUCGUUCUUGGUUUCGGAGUAGCUAUGAGUGCUACUGCCGGACCUAGUUACGUUGCUGAGAUUGCCCAUCCCAAGUACCGCGGUAUCCUCACUGGUAUCUUCAACAGUUUCUGGUUCAUUGGAUCUAUCCCCGCAUCAUGGAUCUCUUACGGGACUAACCUUCACUACCCGACCCACAACAACUCCUGGAGGAUCCCAUUGUGGCUCCAGAUGUCCUUCUCUGGAAUUGUUCUCGUCGGUUCUCUCCUCGUUCCUGAGACCCCACGUUGGCUCAUGGCCAACGACCGCCACGAAGAAGCCCUCGCGGUCAUGGCAAAGUACCAUGGUGAAGAUGACCCGCAGAACCCGAUUGUGCAGCUCAGUUACCGCGAGAUGCAGGAGCAGAUCUCUAAGACCGGUUCAGAUAAGAGAUGGUGGGAUUACAGCGAAUUGGUUUCGACCAAAUCAGCCAGAUGGAGAUUGACUAUGGUUGUAUCCAUGAGUUUCUUUGGUCAAUGGUCAGGAAACGCUGCUAUCAGUUACUUUUUGCCAGUAAUGUUGGAGCAGGCUGGUAUCGAUGAUGUGAACACACAACUCAUGCUUACGGGGGUUAUCGCUGUCAUUUCCUUCAUUGGUGCCAUUAUUGGAUCCACUCUGGUCGACCGCGUUGGACGUAGAAAGAUGUUGCUCACCACCUCCUGUCUGUUCGUCAUGUGGUUUGCCAUCAUCACCGGUCUCUCCGCCAAGUUCGCCGGAACUGAUAACAAAGCCGCCUCAAACGCUACCAUUGCCAUGAUCUAUAUGUUUGGAUUCACCUUCAGUGUCGGGUUCACACCCUUCCAGGCGCUCUACCCCGUCGAGUGUCUUACUUUCGAGACCAGAGCUAAGGGUAUGGCCGUGUACAACUUCUGGGUCAACAUUGCGAGUUUCUUCAAUCAGUAUGCUACGCCAGUUGGGCUUGGUGAUGUUAAAUGGAGGUUCUACUUCCUCUACAUUGCCUGGGACGCGUUCCAAGCCCUCUUCAUCUACCUUUUCUAUGUUGAGACAAAGGACCGCACUCUAGAGGAGCUUAACGAGAUCUUUAACGCUCCAUUCCCGAAGGCGGCGAGUUUGAAGAAGACCGUUGUUGCGGUUGAAGGAACGCACGGCAUUACUAAUAUCAUUGAGGAGAUUGAGACGAAGGUUUAG